CUUGGCAACUCUGGGGCUCCAACAACUAUAUUGACAUUUUAACAUUACAUAAAUAGUCAAAAAGUGGUGCAAAUUGUUGAAUUUCUAUUGAACAGUUUGUAGAAUGGCGGGCUUAAUUAGGAAUCUGGGUGCCCGUGCCGCAGUCGCCGCUCUGUCGGCCAAGCAUGUGGUGCCCGCUGCAGGAUCGGCUUUCCGGAUGGCCAGCACUGCGCCCGUGGAGCCCAAGAAGGCGGAUAAGCCCACUGUCCGUCAGCCGGAUGCAGUUGCCCGCUCGCAUCUCUCAGACUUCGGGCGCUAUGUAGCCGAGUGCCUGCCCAAGUAUGUGCAGAAGGUGCAGCUGACCGCCGGCGAUGAGCUGGAGGUGCUCAUUGCCCCCGAGGGCGUAGUGCCCGUGCUGCAGUUCCUGAAGGAUCACCACCAGGCGCAGUUCACCAACCUGGUCGACAUUGCCGGCGUGGAUGUGCCCUGCCGCAAGAACCGAUUCGAGGUGGUGUACAAUCUGUUGUCGCUGCGCUACAACUCGCGCGUCCGCGUCAAGACCUACACCGAUGAGCUGACUCCGCUGGACUCCGUGUGCGAGGUGCACAAGGCGGCCAACUGGUACGAGCGUGAGAUCUGGGACAUGUACGGCGUGUUCUUCGCCAACCACCCGGACUUGCGUCGCAUCCUCACCGAUUACGGCUUCGAGGGACAUCCCCAGCGCCGCGACUUUCCGCUGUCCGGCUACGUAGAGCUGCGCUAUGAUGACGAGAAGAAACGCGUCGUAUGCGAGCCCCUGGAGUUGGCCCAGGAGUUCAGGAAGUUCGACUUGUCGGCGCCUUGGGAGCAGUUCCCCAACUUCCGCAACGCUAAUCCCCCCGCCGAGGUUGUUCCCCCACAGGCCCCUGCCAAGAAGUAAUCCCCAGUCGGUUUGUUAAAUGGUAAUUAUAUCAAUAAAACGAGAUCACUAUGA